UGAACGUCUACACGACGUCUAGUAAACGAUUAACCCGAAGAAUCACCUGAAAGUAAGACGCAAGCCCAGCCCACUGCAUUUCCCAUCCCCAUUAUCUGCCUUCAAACUAAACCAGUGACAACAACUCGACGACUCGCUUUCACAGGCAUACAUGAAGACCCGAGGCUCUUUUUAAAUCUCUUCGCACUGGAGCUCCAUCAGCUAUUAAAAUGGAAGUGAGCGAGGAUUUCUACAUGUUUGAGUUCAGCAAUGCUGAAGAUGAUGCGCCGGUUUAUCAGGACUCUGAGGACUUGUUUGCGGCUCUUCGGCAAAAGGAGGAUGAAGUUAUACUCGCUGCUCAGGUGGGAAAUGCUUUGCUCAUGGAAAACAGACAGAUGAAGGAAGAAAGGGACACUUUUCUGGAAAAAUACACACAGCAGAUUGAGGAGCUCCAGCAGAGCAGGUACGAGCUGCAGGUGAAGCUGGAGAACUGCCAGGCUCAGUGGGAGGGUCAGGUGUCGGAGCUGGAGCGAGACGUGCAGGAACUGCAAGCGCAGGUGGAGGAAAUGAAGCAAAGUCUCCAUGAGGCUGAAAUAGAGAAGAGCAGACUGAAGCAAGAGCACGGCGAACAGUGCCAGAGACUCAGACAGCAACUGCAGAGGGGAAUAGAGGUGGAGCGAGCCAUGACCGGCGAACUGCAAAGACUGAAGCAGGAAAUGAGAGAAAGAGGACAGGCCAGACCUCAAGAUGAAGAGAUGAUCAAUGCUCUUAGAGAACAGGUUGCACGACUCACACAGAGAGAGCAAACACUGGAGCAGCGCUUGAAAAUGUCCUGUCAUGAGAAUGAAGAACUGAGAGACACGGUGUCCUCACUAUACACACGCCUGGAUCUGCAGGAACAACAGACUCACAAACACACACAACAGCUGGCAGAGGCCUGGCAGGAAGUUGACAGGGUUCGUUUCUGGGCACAAGAUCUGCAGAGUCAGGUAGUGGAGCUCCAGGAUGAAGUGGCGCUCCAGGAGAAGAGUCACAGUGACACAUCUUUACUGUCCGAACUCGAAAACAACCUGGACGUCACAAACUGGAGCCUGAACACAGAGCAGAUCUCUCAGGAGGUGCACCACAUCCUGGAACUGCUUCAACCUGUAAUCUGCGGCUCAGUAGCUGAACGGGACUCAGAUGACAGCCUGCAGGGCAUGAUGGGACAGUUGAAACAUGCUGCAGAAUGGAUAGCACAGAGUCAAACACAACAGAACGAGAGUCUUUUAGCAGAAAACGCCAAACUCAAGCUGCAAACCGAGAGACUUCUGGAUGAGGAGGUGGUCCAGCAGGCCUUAAAGGACCGCGAUCAUGCCUUUGCAAAGAAGACAGCGAUGGAAGCAGAGCUGCUGAAGACUAAACAAGAUAUGAUGUGCUUAAACAACCAACUCCUGGAAGCCAUCCAGCGAAAACUUGAGCUCUCGCAGGAACUCGAAGCCUGGAAGGACGAUAUGCAAGUUAUCAUCAACCAACAGCUCAGGAGCCAACAGGAAACAGAACAGCAGCAACGGAAGUCAUCUGUCGGUCGUCUUUCUUUCCUGCACAAAUCCAGACGGCCUUCAUCUUCGCCGUCCACGUUUUCAGAGAUCAGUUCAGUGCAAAACCACUCGCCUUGGAGAGACUGGCUCAAAAUCAACAAAUAAACCUGUUGCACGAUCUCACCAGCAGAUCCCCUGCCAAACUGAGACCUUAUUAGAUCAGUGUUGAGUUAACGAACAACUCUAAUGUAAAAGACUCUUCCAUAAUAGACAUUUACAUCUCACAUUGGAAUUGCUCCUGCCAAAAGUUACGUCUUGACAUUCAGUACAAUCGAACACCUUACUAAUGACGUACAACUGUAAUGAAUCCUGAUCAAUUUCAUGUAAAGAGGUGGUCCACUACAAUAUCGUAUGGUAAACUUUAGUUGAUGUGUAAUGUAGCUGCGUGAACGUGAACAGCAUCUCUCAAUGGACGGCGCUCAAAGUUCAAUGCAAAGGGAGACGUUAGCUUUUACAGAGUUAGCUUAGCAAAGCCUACAGCCAAGGAAAUCUGGGGACUACAAAAAACACAUCCAGGAUAAUGAGAUCACAAACGCUUCUGGUUACGCGCACAGCGAAGAGGCCUGUCCAGAGGUGCUGUAAUCCCUGCUGAAAAAUCCAGCUUAAACCAGCCUAGGCUGGUUUUAGCUGGUCGACCAG